GAGAGAGAGAGAGAUUGAGAGAGAGAGGUGGACAUGGUUUUCCACCUCCUCCAACUCGGAUUUCGAAGAGAGCUUAAGGGAAGGCCAUCUACUUAAGAAAAGACCUGCAGUAAAUUAAACUUCUGUUCACCACCUGUUUUGUUCUCUCUCCUCUCCUCAGGGUGGGUGGGGGGAGAGAGAGAGAGAGAGAGAGAGAGAGAGAGAGAGAGAGAGAGAGAGAGAGAGAGAGAGAGUCCGUCCUGUUGAGAAGAAACUUCCAAUAAUUGAUAGCAGACAGAAUUCAAGAGAGAGAAACAAUUGGGCAAUAGCCAUACACCAUGCCAAGCAAGCUGAGGAAGGCAUUGGACGCCGUGAAGGACCAGACGAGCAUCGGCCUAGCGAAGGUGUCGAACGCCAACUAUGCGGACCUCGACGUGGCCGUGCUAAAGGCAACCACCCACGAAGAGGUGCCCACCGACGACCGGUACGUGAACGAGGUGCUGCUGCUGAGCUGCACCUCCAGGGCCUACUCCAGCUACUGCGUCCAGGCGCUCUCUCGCCGCAUCGCCCGCACCCGCAACUGGAUCGUCGUCCUCAAGUCCCUCAUGCUCGUCCUCCGCCUCCUCCAGGACGGCAGCCCUUCCUUCGCCACCGACAUAAUUGCCGCCAUGAAGCGUCGCGGUUCCAGGAUCCUCAACCUCUCCAACUUCCGCGACGACUCCACCUCCUCCAGCCCCUGGGACUACACCGCCUUCGUCCGCACCUUCGCCCUCUACCUCCACGAGCGCCUCGACUGCUCCCUCAUGGGCAAGCUCCAGGGAAGGAUGGUCACCAGCAGCAGGUGGCGCCGGCCUCCGCCGGCCAGCCUCAAGUCCAUCAACGACAUGAAGCCCGACGCUGUGGUCAACCAACUCUUGCAUUGGCAGCGAUUGCUCGACCGCGUAGUUGCCACCAGGCCCACCGGCCCCGCCAAGAACAACAGGUUGGUUCAGAUCUCACUGUACUCUGUGGUCUCCGAGAGCUUCGCCCUGUACAAUGACAUAUCAGACGCUCUAACCAUGCUGCAGAACAGUUAUUUCGAACUGCCUCAUCCAGUCUGUCAAGAUGCAUUUUACAUUUUCAACAGGGCAACUCGGCAAUUCGACGAGCUUGCUGCCUUCUAUCAAAUGUGCAAGAGCAUAGGAGUGGGAAGGACUUCUGAGUACCCAUAUGUGCAGAAGAUCUCAGAAACAACUCUUAUGAAUUUGAAGGAAUUCAUAAUGGACAUAAGCAGCUGGUCUUCCUUCUCCUCCCCACGAACUCUAUCUUCCUCAGAGCAGUCAUUACCGGCAUCACCAACGGUGACCAAAAAAGGUCAAGAAGGAAGAAUGGAGGAAACAGUUGGCUGUGAGGCGCAGGUUCUGAAGAAUGAAGGGGAUGGGAGAUUGUCCGGUGCAGGGGACAAUGACACAUCAUGUCAAACGGCUAUAGUAGUGCAAGAACAGCAGCAGCAACAACAACAACACAGUUUUUCACAAGAACACAUUGGAUGGGAAAUAGCUUUGCUAGAGAGUGCUAGCAACAUGUCCAAAGAUACCAACUAUAAAAUGGCUAACGGGUUCGAUGCAUUUAUUCUCGACAGUCUAUAUGAUCAUGCUCUCAUGUAUAGAGACCAACACCAAAGCCACUACAACUAUAACUACAACUACAAUCCCUUCUUGUGCAGCCAUGGAAGUGAAAGCAGCAUGCUGAUGCAAACAAACUCAUCCUUUCUCUCACUGCCUUCUUCUACUCAUCCACCAACAUUUUCAGUACAAAAGGUUAGUAAUUACAGUAACCAAUCUAAUUACACGCUGGGAACAGACCCUUUUGCUGUGUCAGUAUCUGUCAGUCCUCCUGCAUAUGUGCAAAUGUCUGAUAUGGCGGUGAAGCAGAAGCUCAUGGUUCAGGAGCAACAACUUUGGAUGCAGUACCAGAAUGAGAUCAUUAGGAGGCACACUAUCAAGUGAAAACUGAAUAGCUCCAAUGGAUAAAAAAAAAAUUGGCUACCUCAUGACUGUACAUUUGGUUAGUGGGAAGUGCUAUGAUUUCAAGUUGAGUGUUUGAGGAGCUGGAUCAAUCAGAUCAAAGUUCGUUUUUGCAACUGGUGAAGUUUGAACUGUUGGCUAUUCGUGUCUUUAGCUGUCCAUUGUCAUGAAAAUAUUGUCAAGCUCAUGGAAAUUGCAGCAAGUAGGUAGGGGUCAAAUUUGUAACUUGUAGGGUAUCUU